UUCGCGGAGGCGUCCGACGUCCGCCAUUGGUUGAGAGAAGGCGUAAGUACGUGCGCUUUCCCGCGUUUUCCCGCAGUUGACAGUUAGUUUCCCGCGCGCCGGACAACACGCGAGCCAUUGCUGCGUUUAGAAGUUGCGAUCAAAGUUAUGAAGAGCGUCUGAUUUUUAUUUUCCCGACGAAAUUUACUGUUCAAGAUAUCAAAGAUGAUUCCCCCAAAGACCUGUCUGCUCUUCAUCAUCAUCAAUCUGAUCUGCAUGGCCAUCGCGCAGGAUAUGGAAAAGAGGGUGCCCCAGGGCUUCCUCGGCAUGCGCGGUAAAAAAUACCUAGACUCCGAAGAGAUCGGAGAAUUCUACAAACGAAAACCGCAAUUCUUCGUUGGUGUUAAAGGAAAGAAGAACUACGCUGAACCAGAUAUAUAUGAUAAACGUGCUCGAAUGGGAUUCUUUGGUAUGCGAGGAAAGAAGGAAUAUCCUGAACUGUUGUUCCCGGAUAGUUAUCCCCAAAGAGUUGGCUCGUUGUUCGGACAAAUCGAGUACGCAGCUAAUGAGCUACCUAUUAAUCAAGAGCCACUUGACGAUUUGAUUACUGACUAUAUUCAAAAACUGCAAGGCUCGAAUCUAAGUCCUGAACAUAUCGACACCGAGAUUAUACCGGAUGAAUCUGAGAUGACCAAUGAAGUGGAUAAGCGAGCGAAACUUCACCAGUUUUAUGGCGUGCGAGGAAAGAAGUCGGUUCAGAAUAAGCGGCCGUACGAUCUAUCUUUCCGCGGCAAGUUUAUCGGUGUUCGCGGGAAGAAGGAUGUUAAGAACGCGCAGGAGAUUAAGUUCCUUUUGGGAGAGAACGGGCCCUGGCCUAAGAGGAAGGCGCAGAUGGGAUUCUUCGGAAUGCGAGGCAAGAAGUGGACCGAUGAAUCGAGCCCAGAGGAGACACCGUAUUAGACACAAACCAAUCCGAAAUCCAAAGCGAACUCUUCCGUCUUGAAGACUUCAUCUACUGACAUAUCUUACUCGUAAGAACGUUUUGCCAAUUUUAAAUAUAAAAGUGUAUUUCCACUGUUGUAACACAUGAAUUAAAACAUGUCUUUUUCAAAGUGGUAGAGUAAGAUGACAUGUUUUUAUACAGGUGUUGGGACAAUGAAAACUCACUUUAAGCGAUGCUUAAUAGCGUUUUUUUUUACUAGUCAAUAGUUUAAGAUGUUACAAUGUAGUCCUAAAUUA